AAUCCUAUAUGGACGUGCAACUCACCGUCCUAUAGAAUCCUAUAUGAACGUGUAACUCGCCGUCCUAUAGAAUCCUAUAUAGACGUAAUCCCAUAUGGACGUGCAACUCGUCGUCUUAUAGAAUCCCAUAUGGACGUGCAACUUAUGUACGUACAAAAUUCGCCGUCCUAUAGAAUCCUAUAUAGACGUACAACUCGCCGUCCUAUAGAAUCCUAUAUGGACGUGCAACUUAUGUACGAACAAAACUCGCCGUCCUAUAGAAUCUUAUAUGGGCGUGCAAUCCGCCGUCCUAUAGAAUCCUAUAUGGGCGUGCAAUCCGCAGUCCUAUAG